AUGCAAGAAGUAUUAUCUGAAGAAUAAAAUUUAUCAUUGUCUUAAGAUAUCUCACUUUAAGGCCAAAAGUAAAGGAUAUCAAAAUAAACUCUAGUGAAAAUAGUGAGUGCAGCUUAAGAAAGAUAAUUUGCAGAAGAAAUUGAUGAAUUAGAAAAUAUUGAGGGUAUGGAAGGUAUAGAAAGUGGAUUACAAACAAAUUUUGAAAAAGGUCUAAAAGGAGAUGAUUUUAAAGAGAGAAAUUUAUUUUAUGGAACUAAUCAAAGUAUUAUAAAUUCUUCAAAAAAAACUUACGUUUAAAUGGUCUAAUCAAAUUUAGAAGUUUAAUUUGAGAAUAAUUAUAGGAUUACUUGAUACAAAUAUUAUUGGUGGCUUCUAUAUUAUAGAUUAUAAUAGGAGUUAUAACUGCAGAUGAAAAUUGUCGUUCUUUAGCUUGGAUAGAGGGAUUCUCUUUAUUUAUUGCCGUAUUUUUAUGUUGCAAUGUUACAGCAAUAUAUGUAUAAAUAAGUACAAUAAUUAGGAUUACUAGAAGGAAAAGUAAUUCUAAAAUUUAGAUGAAAGAAAAGAUACUCUAUAGACAGUUAUAGUUUUGAGAGAUGGAGAAAAGAUUUAAUUAAAUUAAAAUCAGAUAAUGAUUGGAGAUAUAAUUUAUUUAUUUGAAGGAAUGUAAAUUCCAGUAGAUGGUUUUGUUAUUGAAGCAGAAUAAUUGAAAGUUGAUGUAUAUAAUAUUUAUAUAAAUAUAUAAAGGAAAGUUCAAUAACUGGUGAAACUGAGUCAAUUAAAAAAGAUACGUAUAAGAAUUGUAAAUACAAAAGAGAUUAAUUGAGUGAUGAAAAGAAUUGUUUAACCAAAUUUGAUAUUCCAUCUCCAGUUUUGUUGAGUGGUACAAGAAUAUUAUCAGGGGAAUGUAAAAUGGUAGCAGCUGUAGUGGGAGAAUCAAGUUGUAUUGCUAAAAUCUCAUCAUUAUUUUAAACAGAAGAUGUAUAGUAGUCUCCUUUAUAACUUAAAUUAGAAAUUAUUGCUUAAAGUAUUGGUAAGUUAGGACUGAUUUUCUCAGUAAUAAUAUUUUUUAUUUUGCUAUCUCGAUUUAUAUUUUAGAGAAUUAUAGAAGAUUCAUUUGAAAAGGAACAUAUAAAAGAAAUACUUAAUUUAAGCAUUGUUCCAAUUACUAUAAUAAUUAUUUCCAUUCCUGAUGGUUUUCCAGUUGCUUUAACACUUUGUAUUGCAUUUUCUGUAAAAAGAAUGUUAAAGGACAAUAUUUUAGUUAGAAAGUUAUCUACUUGUGAAAUUUUGGGAGAUAUUAAUAUUGUUUGUUCAGAUAAAACAGGAACAUUAACAUAAAAUAAAUUACGUAUGGUUAAUAUAUGGAAUGAUAAUAAAAUGGAUAUUGAUGUUUAUAGUGAGAAAUUAAAUUUAAAUAAGUAUUUACCUCAUCAAAUGCAUGAAUUAUUCAUUUAAUCAUCUAUUGUCAAUGGAACAGCUGAAAUUAGACCUUAAGAAAGAGGUAGUUAAACAGAUGUGGCUAUGAUUUUAUUUAUUGAAUAAUGUGGUUUCAAUUAUUAAAAUGAAAGAGAUUUACAUGAAUCAACUUAAAAUAUGCCAUUUUCAAGUAGAAGAAAAAGAAUGUCAAGGGUUAUAGGAGACAAAAGAUUAGUUAUUAAAGGAAGUUCUGAAAUUAUUUUAAAUUGUUGUAAUAAAAUACAUUCUAAAUCUAAGGGAAUCAUUCCUAUUGAUUCUACUAUUAGAAAAUAAAUAGAAGAUUUCUCAGAAUAAAUGAAUUUUUAAGCUAUAAGAACAAUAGGAUUAGCAUAUAAAGAACUUAAUGGUAAUGAAGAUCUUGUAAGUAAAAAUGAACAUGAAGUUUAUGAUAUUGAGACUGAAAAUCUUAUAUUAAUUGCUAUUGUUGGAUUUAAAGAUGUUUUAAGAGCUGAAACACCAUAAGCUAUUACAGAUUUAUAAAUUGCUGGAAUCAAUGUAAAAAUGACUACUGGAGAUAAUAAAAUUACUGCUAAAGCUAUUGCCAAAGAUUGUGGUAUAUUAAUUGAUGAAAAUCAAUCACUCGUUUUAGAAGGAUAUGAUUUUAAUUAAAGAAUUGGAGGAAUAGUUUGUAAAUGGUGUCGAACAUCUGUUUGUGAUUGUCCAAGAGAUUAAUCAAAUGCUAAAUUACUAACCAAAUAAAUUAGAGUAGAUACAAUCGAAAAUGGGGAAGAAUUCGAUAAAGUUUAUCCUAAAUUAGAUGUUUUGGCUAGAAGUAGACCUGAGGAUAAGUAUGCACUUGUUAUAGGUCUUUAAGAAAGAGGAUAUGUUGUAGCUGUUACAGGAGAUGGUACCAACGAUGGUAUAAUAGUUAUUUUACUUUUAUUAUAGCUCCAUCUUUACAUAAGGCUGAUGUAGGUAUUGCUUUAGGCAUUUCUGCUACUGAAAUAGCAAGGGAAAGUGCCUCAAUUAUUUUGUUAGAUGACAAUUUUAGUUCAAUUGUCAAAAUUGUAUUAUGGGGUAGGAAUAUUUAUGAUUCAAUUAAGAAAUUCAUUUAAUUCCAAUUAACAGCUAUUAUUGUUGUAGUAAUUAUAACUCUAUCAUCUUCUAUUUUAAUUAAAUAAGAAGUUUUUAAACCAAUAUAAAUGCUUUGGAUUAAUAUAAUAAUAGAUUCAUUUGCAUCUUUAUCUUUGGCUACAGAAACUCCAUAUUAAGGUUUAUUAAAGAGAUAAUAUUAUAAUCGAAAUGAAAGCCUAAUAUGUCCCAAAAUGUUCAAACAUAUUAUAGGAUAAGCUAUCUAUCAAAUUAUAAUCAUUUUAAUACUUAUAUUCUAUGCUCAUACCUUUAUUCCUGAAUUUAAAGGAUAAGAAGAUGAAUCAUAAGAUUAUUUUGAUAAAUUACAAUACAAAUAUUCUAAUACUUAUUUUGAUGUGAAUAACAAACUUCACAUCUGUCCUAAUCAUUAAGAUUAUUGUAAUCUCAUUUCUUACAAUACAGAAUAUAAUAUAAAUGGAUCAGAAAACUAUCUCUCCUUUUAUAAAAAAACAUAUAUUCCUUCUAGAUAAUUUACUGUUAUCUUCAACACUUUUGUAAUGAUGCAAUUAUUCAAUUUUAUAAAUGCUAGAAGAAUUUAGGAUGAACUGAAUAUUUUAUAAGGAAUAUUUAGCAAUAUUUUAUUUCCAAUUAUCUUUUUGGGUAUCCUUAGUUUGUAAAUAAUUAUGAUUACAUUUGGAGGAAUAGUAUUUCACUGUUAUUCAUUUAAUGGACUUUGUAUUGAAUAAUGGUAUUUUUAAUUUAUAAAUAUUUAGGUUAAUUUGCAUUGCUUUUGGAUUUGGAGGAUUAAUAAUUAGAUUAAUACUGAGUUAAAUACCAGAUACAAUAUUGGGAUUUCUUGUUAUAUAUAUUUCUAAGAAAAAUCCUAAUUAUUAAUUAUAGAUUCCUGGUCAUGAAUCUGAAACUGAAAAUCUUAGAAAUCCAAAUUAAGAGAAUUCAUGA